AUGGAAACGCUGAGUCGACCUGGUGUCAAUGGAAAAUGUGAAGUAGAGGUCAGUUAUGGAGGAGAAGCAGAUCUUCACAAACACUGGACCAGGUGUGAGAAAAACCCAGGUCAUCUAAGGUUUACACCCGUGGAUGAGUUCAAUGUGAACUGUGUCCCUUCAAGCUACCAGAGCAAUGACCUGGUGGACUAUGUCCGAGCCUUGUCGGAUGUCACUGUCCGUGUGGAUGCAGGAUAUGUCAGUGAGGCUCGACCGGAGACUUUCCCGGGCAGCGAUCAGCUCUAUCCGUUCUACAGCAACAAAGGAAGUAUUAUGUUGAGGGUUGGGUCCGGAUGGGUGAGCUGGGUGGAGAACCAUGUGCCAGUUCGAAGUGCUGUUUGUACAUGCAAGCAUUGUAGACAGCAGGGCACGCACAUUGAAGCUGCUUACAUCCACAUCACCACGGCUGCCCAUGUGGUGUUUGAUGAACUGGAAGCAGCCCAAACCAGGUGUUAUCUUUUCUUUGACCGUGGUGGCACUCCAGCAGUAUGUGAGACAGCUGUGAGGCUGACACGUACCUCGAGCUUCAAGAACGACGUUAAGCAAGACUGGUGUGAGAUGACCUACAUGACCUUCGACCUUGCCCUAGCUGACAAGCUGGACAAAAUCCUCACUCGCCUCCAAGACUUGCAGGAGACUUUGGUGCAUAAGUUUCGGCCUUACAUGGGAUUUAAGGCUUCCUUAGUACCGCCUUAUGAUGGACCCAUUACCAGUCCAAAAGAGACACUGGCCAUAAUUGUGUCCCACCCUCACGGGUGUAGCAAACAGGUCAGCAUUGGUCACUGUACAUAUCUCAGUAUAGCUGAAGGUGAAUGGACAAAGUAUACAUACACCACGGCGACUUGUCCGGGAUCCAGUGGGGCCCCAGUUUUUGUGCUGGGGCGGGGUUCUAGGUGGUGGUGGUGGUUUACCCAUGCCCACUGUGGCAACUGCGAACACAACAAAGAUCUCAACUACAGCACCCAUAACCCAAGCGGUAUUCGUUUCUUGUGUCCCGACAAUAAUAAAGUUGUUAACAAGACAAAACUCCCUUGCAGAUCAAAAAAAAAUUAA